UUACCAACACUACCUUUUUAGACCUUACACAUGUUAAGCAGCUGUAUUUAUCAACACUCCUAAAGACAUUUGUUUUCAAUAAUUUAAAGGAAAAUGCUGAAAAUUGGGAAAUUUAUAGCCCAAAGAGCUACAACAGCCAAUAUCGUUGGCAAGGGACCGUUUGAGGCCGCCACUCGUUUUUAUUCGGAAUCUGCCCAACAGCCGGAUUCGGAUUUACCAAUUGACAUUACGAAUCCUUACGAAAAGGAUCCUCAGAAGUGUAUCUUGUGCAAGCACAACAUUGCCCCACACUACAAAAAUGUUAAGCUGCUGUCUCAAUUCCAAUCGCCAUAUACGGGCCGCAUUUACGGCCGGCACAUCACUGGAUUAUGCAAGAACAAGCAGGAGCAGGUGGAGCAAGCCAUUCUCCGAGCCCAGCAGUGCCUCCUAAUGCCUGGCUACCACAAGGAUCUUGACUUCUUGCAGGACCCCAAGCUCUUCGACCCAGAGAGGCCAGUCCGACCACACAAGUACUAGUCUGUAAUGCUAGUACUAGUUUAAGUUUGAGUUUUCCGUGUUAUAUUAAUUGAAAUUAUAAUUAACAGAUUCUUAAAGUUGCAGUGUA